AUGACAUCAAUAUCCGCCCUCACCCGCCGCCUCUUCAAACUCCCCCUCCCCCCUCCCCCCCCAACCACCAACCACACCACCCUCCCAACCUUCCUCACCCACGCCACCCGCACCGCCCUCCCCCCAACCAGCACCACCUACAUCGGCACCCACUACGAAUACACCACCCAACGCACCCUCCUCCACUCCGCGCUCCUCCUCCACCGCACCGGCGGCCGCUCCGACUCCGGCCUCGACCUCCUAGGCACCUGGCACUUACCCACGCACGAACACCCGCUCCGCGUCCUCGUCCAAUGCAAAGCCCUGAAGACGAAGCUCGGGCCGAAUCUGGUCCGCGAACUCGAGGGCACGUUUUCGCAGGCGCCGGUGGGGUGGCGGGGCGGGGGCGUUGUCGGGGUGUUGGUGUCGCCGAGGGAGGCCACGAGGGGGGUGAGGGAGGCGUUGAGUCGGAGUCGGUUUCCGUUGGUGUGGUUUUUGGUGGGCUUGGAGGGGGGUGUGAGGCAGGUUUUGUGGAAUGAGCGCGUGGAGGGGCUGGGGGUGGGGGGUUUGGGGGUUAGGGUUGUUUAUGGGGGGGAUACUGAGGGGGUGGAGUUGACGUGGGAGGGGGAGGAGGUUCCCGGGAUGGAGGACGUCGUGAGUAGGAUGGAGGAUGUGCAGAGGAGGUGGUUUGGGAUGUGGGAUGUUGGGGUGGAGAGGUAUGAGGAGGUGGUUGGGGUCGUGGAACGGUUGUUUCCCGAGGAGAAGCCGUUGUUGUAUGCGGCAGAUGGGAGGGUGAGUGGGUUGAGUGGUGAGGAGAGGGAGAUUGUGAGGAGAUGUUUGCAGGGUGCCGAUAUCGAGCAGGAGAGAGCUAGGAUGAGAUCUACUGAAUAGGAUGGUAAGACUGAAAAAUGUAUUAUCCUGGGUAUCCCGUAACGCCAAUCCAAAACC